AUGCGCCGGUGGCAGUCGCCGUCGGAGCGGGAGAGUGAGUCACGCCCGGAGAAGGGGUCGAGGAGGCGGCGGCAGGCAGCACGAGAGGGCCGCAUUAACACGGGCCGAGGCACUGGUCUGGUGGCCCUGGCCGUGGCACUGGCCGUCUCCCUCGAGGGCCACCCGGUAUCUCCGGGAACAUCUCGGGGCUUGAUCUUCGGAACAUGUGAGGAGGUGUCAGCCAGCGUGGCUCCAUACCGGGAGGAGAACGGGAGGCUCCUGACCCAGCUCAACGCCUUGCACAUGGAGAACAUUGCACUCAGGGAACAUAACGAGAAGCACAGCAAAGAGCUCCAGAAUGCCCUGCAGAAGCUAGACAAGGAGAACCGUGACCUGCGGUUCUUGGCCGGGGAGUACCAGAGGCAGAUUGAGGUACUGGAGGCCGAGUCAAGGAGGAAGAGCGACAGGAUCCUUCAGCUGCAGGAGAAGAACCUCCAGGCUGUCAUCAGUACCCCAGGUGGUCGCAGAAAGCCUGUACCUUUUCAGCGUCAGCGCCUUGAAAUCACAUCUCAUCUUCCAGAGAACAACAUGUCUUCCUGUAACAAGUGUUCAAAGUGCGGGUGUGCUGCUGGUGCAGGUCGUCAGCAGAACAACAACGAUGCCUACCUUGCCGAUCUUUUGCGCAUGACAGACCAAAAGCUCCUUGACCUACAGCAAGAAGCAGAACGCAGUCAGCGACAGGCUAAGGAGUACGAAAACCAAUGCUCCACUCUCAGGAAACAAGUUGCAUCCAGAGAAUCAGAGAUCGCAAGGCUCCAGGGCCUGUUGGAGGGAGGACGGACAGUAGCAGCUGUGCUUGAGGACAACCGCAUCCAUGCUGCUCAUGAGCACCUCCACCAGCUGCAGCUUCACAAUGAUCUCCUCACCAAGACGAACAUACAGCUGGAGAAUAAGCUGAAAAAUAUUCUUGGAGAUACACAUGAAGCCAUGAACCGAGCUGUAGAAUUGGCUGACGAGAACACAGACCUCACCAAGGAACUCCAUGAUGUUGAGAAGACCAAUCGCCUCUUGGAGGAAGAUGUUCUCAACACCGCAGAAACACUCACACAAAAGCUGCAACGCACAAAGUCUAAACUUAUGAGCUGUGAAUCAGACCUUGCCGAGCAACACCGUCUGUUCCAUAUCAUGAGGGAUGAACGUGACAGGCUCUACAAGGAGCUGAUUCACGUGCGUCAUGACCACUCACGGCUCACUCAUGAUCACACACGCUUAGUGACAGAACGGGUACCAAUGUUAGAUGAAAACAGGCGUAUGGAGGACCUCUUGCGAAAAGGACAGGAGGAGAAAAAGACACUGGUGGAUAAAAUAAAUCAUCUAACAGUGUCAUUACAAGAAGCUGAAACUGAAAAGCUUCGCCUGACAGACGAAGGAGAGACCCUUCGCAAGAAGAUUGCAGAGUUGACAGAGGAGAAGGACACUGCAGAACAAGGGAAGUCCUUCUACACCAGUGAGACGGUGAAACUGCAGGGCCAGAACAAGGAGAUGGAGCAAGAGAGGGACUAUUACAAGGAAGAAAUGCAGAAACUCCAGACAAAACAGAUGGAGCUGGAACAGGAGCUUGACUUCUUUAAGGACCAGUCUGGGGAGCUAUCGAGAACAAAGCAAGCUUUGGAACAAUCUCGAGAGUACAUGACAGAUGACAUGUCUAAACUACAAGCUCAGCUUAAGCAGCUGCAGCUAGAGAGGAAUUACUUCAGUGAACAGCUCAAUGUGAAUCAAGAUGAGAAGAGACAGGCUGAGAGGGAACGAGAGUACUAUAGUGAACAAGUUCUUCAGCUACUAGACAUCCUUAAAUCAAAGCCAACAUCAACACCCUCAUCACCAAUGCAGAUUGGAAGAAAAUCAAAGCCUGUGUCUCCAGAAAAUGAGCUUGCACGAGUAUGUCAUGAAAGAGAUGUCUUGAAACAAGAGAGGGAUUUCUACAAGAUGCAGUACCAGUCAAUGAGGAAUCAACAGCAAGCACCAUUGUCUGGCAGAUCAGGCAGCUCUCCUGUAUCUGGGCCUUCUGGAAUUCCUGUAUCAGCAGGUUCUGUUCCAACAGGGGUACCAGGGGCAAUGCCAUUGGGUCCUCCAGGGAUUGCCCCUCCAUCAGCAGGUCUCAUAGGCAGUCCUGCCUCUGGAUCGCCUCCACCUAGACCUCAGUCUGUACCAGGAGCAGCGGAUGUGGAGGCAGUUAGACGAGAACGAGAUUUUUACAAACAGCAGAUGGAAUACUUCCGCCAGCAGUACAAUGCACAGAUGCCCCGUAUGCCCUCUGCAGCAGGAAUUCCAACAGAUGGCAGACCACCAAUGGCCAGGUUCAAAAUUACAAGUCUGAAGCUUGUAAUAUACAUGGUAUGGGCUAUAGUAGAUGAGGGGUGUGGGAUAAGAUUAUAG